GCUUUUUAUAACUUGUGUGUGGGAGGUUACUUUUUUUUAGUCUGUGUGGUCUUUUAACUGUGAUGUGGAGUAGAUGGGAUUUGGGGUGGAGUUUGGGCGCAAGUGUGGGGCCCCCGAAAAUUUUAUUGUAGGGUUCUCAUGAUUUCUAAUGGCGGCCCUGAUUACAUACUAAAAGUUACCUUAAAGGUGAACCACCCCUUUAACUCAAAUGCAUGAAGCACAGGAGCAGUGGUGCAACUAGAUGUCACUGGGCCCCACAGCAAAUUAAAUGUAGGGCCCCCAACAUAUACAGAGUUUGCCCUGUUUUAUAUCAUGAAAUGACUGAUUAAUUAGGGUCUCACGGCCCCCUAUAUCGCCUCCCCCGCAGCCGCAGGGUCUGCUUCCUCAGUAGUUCAGCCCCAGCGGUACGUGUCUAUAGGAGACAGAAGGCAAUUGCUAGGCAUGACUACGGUAAUGUUUUACAGUACACUCCAGUUCCUCGGCUUUCCCAGUCCAGGUUUUUGCUCUGCACCACAGCAGAUGUGUGGUCCUUGGAGGCAGGUAUCAGGCUGCGGUGAUGGACAGACAGCGAGGAAGGUCCGCUGUUUGAUAAAAGAGCAUCGGCAGCCCCAGCAGCAGCAGCAGCAGAAUAAUCGCAGCGUCCCCAGUGAGCGCGAAGCAUUGGGAGUGCGCUGCUCGUGUGUGAUGCUGCCAGUGUGUGUUGCCAAUAGUGACAGGUGGAUGUGAGGCUGCUGAGCUGGGAGUGGCAGCGCUUUGUACCCCACACACACCGGCAAUUUGGGCGGGUACCCGGCGGCUUUCCUUGGGAAAUGCUUUUUUGGCUGAAAGAAGAAGAGAUGUCACAUGAGGAAUUAAAGCAGAGGCUCUCCACUGUCAUCACUCACGUCGAUGAAAUCAUGCAGCAAGAGAUAAGGCCACUGCUGGCUGUGGACAUCAUAGAGCAGCUUCAUAAACAGUUUGCUAGCUUAACGGGAGGAAGAGGAAAUGAUGGAGCACCUAUAAUAACAUUCCCAGAAAAUCCAGGCUUUACUGAAAUCCCUGAUGAUGAUUUCCUGAAUGUUGUAACAUAUUUAACAAGCAUUCCAAGUCUUGAAGCUGCCAGUAUUGGGUUCAUCAUUGUGAUUGACAGAAGGAAAGAUAAGUGGAGCUCAGUCAAAGCAUCCCUGACAAGAAUAGCAGGAGCAUUCCCAGGAAAUCUGCAACUCGUAUUCAUUCUGCGCCCAUCCCGUUUCAUCCAGAGGACGAUCUCUGAUAUUGGCAUGAAACUCUACCGAGAUGACUUUAAAAUGAAGGUACCGAUUGUAAUGAUAAACUCGGUUUCUGAUCUUCAUGGAUACAUUGAUAAAAGCCAGCUAACCACUGAGCUGGGAGGUACAUUGGAAUACAGCCACAGUCAGUGGAUACACCAUAGAACAGCCAUUGAGAGCUUUGCACAAAUUGUGAAAACAACAGCACAGAAUCUGCAGACUUUUGGCACAAGCCUUGCCGAGACUGAGCUUCCAAAUGAUGUACUGUGCACAGAGGAGCUGCUGCAGUUGCACACGGAGCAACAGAUCAAUCUGAAAAGUGACCUGAACCUGGCCAUGCAACAAGGUGACACACUGCUCUCAUGCAUAAAGGAACCGGUAUCAAAAGACCCAAGCUACAAACUAAAUCCUGAUGAGGUUGAGAACAUGGCUACAGUUGAAAGGCUUUUGGCCCAGCUAGAUGAAACGGAAAAAGCUUUUGGUCACUUCUGGAGUCGGCAUCAACUGAAGUUAGAACAAUGCUUGCAAAUGCGACACUUUGAACAUGAUUUCAGAGAGCUGAAACUAACUUUGGAUGGACUGAUGGAGAUCCAAGCUGCAUUUGCAGACAUUGGGGACAGUGUGUCACGGGUGGAAUACCUCCUCAAGGAGUUAAAAAAGCUGGAAGAGAAAGGACAGGGAAUGUUAGAGAAAGCCCAGUUGCAUGCUCUCCACGGUGACCAGCUUAUCCAAAACAACCACUAUGCCGUAGACUCCAUCAGACCAAAAUGCAUAGAACUCAGGCGAAUCUGUGAUGACUUUACCAAUGAGACAAAGAAAAAGUAUGACAUAUUGGCGAAGUCACUGGAGCUGCACCAGCAACUUGACAAGGCCAACAAGUGGUGCGAAGAUGGAAUUUACCUCUUGGCUUCCCAAGCUGUGGAUAAGUGUCAGUCGCAGGAAGGAGCAGAAUCUGCCUUACGGGACAUAGAAAUGUUUAUUGAAAGCUCAAGAGGACACCAUCUUUCCAAUCCAGCAGAUUUCUACAAUAAAUAUGAUGCAAUACUCACUCUUGAAAUUAAAGAAAAUGUUGAGAAAGUUUUGCAGAAGGUGUCUGAUGUUCAGGAGAUGUUUAAUAAAAGACAAGCAAGCCUUAAAAAGCUGGCAGCCAAACAGACAAGGCCUAUUCAGUCUGUGGCCCCACAUCCAGAGUCCUCACCAAAAAGGUCAUCUCCAAAGACUGCACGACCCACCUCACUGGCCACAACCCGAAGAGCAGCUGAAGUGCCAUGUGUGCCUCCCAAGUCUCUCUCUGAAGCCGACCUGUCCAGGAAAAGGAACAAUAAGAAAACCAAAGCAGGAAUAAAGAUUGAAGUGAUGCAUGAAGCUAGUCAGGGCGGCACAAGUCGCACGUUGGUGAUGAGUGAGAGUGAAGAAAACCUCUGUUCAAGAAAGAGCCACAUCAUCAAUGAGUUAAUUGAAACAGAGCGUGUUUAUGUUGAAGAGCUUCAAAGUAUCAUAGAGGGUUAUGCAUCAUCUUUGGACAAUCCUGAAAUGAUUGGUUUGAUCCCUGUGGCAUUACAAAACAAUAAGGAGGUUCUCUUUGGAAACCUUUCAGAAAUUUAUGAGUUUCACAAAAGAAUUUUCCUCAAGGAAUUAGAGAAUUGUAUUGAAAAUGCUGAUUUGCUUGGAACAUGUUUUUUAAAAAGGAAAGAGGACCUUCAAAUUUAUGAAAAGUACUGCCAAAAUAAACCAAGGUCUGAAGCAAUUUGGAGACAGUGCGCAGAGAGCAUAUUUUUCCAGGAAUGCCAACGAAGACUGGAUCAUAAGCUGUCUUUAGAUGCUUAUCUUCUUAAGCCUGUCCAAAGGAUCACAAAAUAUCAGCUUCUUUUAAAGGAAAUGUUGAAAUGCAGUAAGAAUUCUGAAGGGACAGCUGAAUUAGAAGAAGCACUUGCCACAGUGUUGGACAUAAUUAAGUCAGUGAAUGACUCAAUGCACCAAAUAGCUAUUACAGGAUAUGAGGGGGAUCUGAAUGAUCUUGGUAAGCUGCUCAUGCAGGGCUCAUUUAAUGUGUGGACUGAUCACAAGAAAGGGCACAACAAGGUAAAAGACUUGGCCAGGUUCAAACCCAUGCAAAGGCAUAUCUUUUUAUAUGCCAAGGCCGUACUGUUUUGCAAGAAAAGGGAAGAGAACAGUGAAGGACAUGAAAAGUCUCAGUCUUACAGUUUCAAGCAUAUUCUGAAGAUGAGUUCAGUUGGCAUCACUGAAAAUGUUAAAGGAGACAAUAAGAAGUUUGAAGUGUGGUACAAUGGCAGAGAAGAAGUUUAUAUUAUUCAGGCAUCGGCUGUGGAGCUGAAAACCCUUUGGGUUUCUGAAAUCAGAAAAGUCCUUACAGGCCAACUGGAAGCUUGCAGAGAAGCAAGCCAGUUACAUCAGAGGAUUACAGAAAGUGUAUACCACGCACCAAUGAACUCAUUUAUGUCCAGGUCCAACAAGACUUCAUGUAAUAGCCAGAACAAAGCACAAUUGCCAAGUCUUGAAGUUUCCAAUAAGAAGAACAGGACUUCUAGUGAAACUGGAAGGCAAAAGAAAGCUGAUAAUCCUGCCAGUCAUAAUCUUGAGCGCUCAGCUCUUGCUAGAAAAAGAUUCACAUUGCAGGGCCUUUCGAACCGGAGAGCUCCACUCAAAGAAUCUAAGGAGAAAGAAGCUACUCGGCGAUUCUCCCUAGCUUCCUCUGUGAGUGCGACAUCUAUUAAAGUUCCUGUUCGUACAAAAGGUCCACUGGGCCCUGAUGUGAAAGCAAAGCGACACGAGAUUAAGAGUGACCCAACUCCCCUUGGUUAUGAAGGCUGGCCGAGACACAUGAACUCUAUGGAAACUUUCCAAGAUUUUUCUGCAAUCCCUUCCAGCAAUGAUGAACUUUCUAAUUCUUCAGAUGUUGAUGAGGAAAUGACAAAUAGCAAAGGAUCCAAUCUGUUCCGUGUGGAAGGUUGUUUGGAAGUAUGUUCCCCCAGUGCGCUCACACUCCAGCAUGGCGACCUUGUACAAGUGGAGCAAUGUGGAGACAGUGGACAAUGGUUAGUAAAAGAAGUGGUUUCAAAGAAAACUUCAUGGGUACCUUCCAACAUGUUAAUUCCUGCAAAGAGCGAUAUUAAGAACAUCUGCCAAGAGGAUAACAGUACAGCUUACAGUGAUGCAGGUCAAACAGCAUUGGCAUCAACAAGCAUGAAAGAGAAGCAAAAUGAACGGACACGUAGCUUGGUGGCAGAACAGAAGGCAGUGAGCUGAAGUCAUGGACUAAUGAUAUAGUGAAACAGUAUUCAAAUUGUUCACCUAAUGAAGUGGCUUUGAGCCAUAGGAGGUGACAGUUCAGUAGGAAAAUUCUGAAGAUUGUCUCACAUUCCUUUGCAUUCCUGCACUGGAUCCUAUAAUGGCCUAUGUUAGGCCCACAGUCCAGGAGAUAUGAACUAUGCACUCUCCUCUGUGCAACCUCUUCAUCUGGAGUCUCAUGAUGAACUACUCUAUAUAGAUCUUCUCUUAAUGCAACUGUGUCCUUUUACUUGGAUCUACUUGCUCCUUGCUUUAUAUACAGGUCAACAGUUUUACAGCAGGGAUUGGUCUGAAAGCACCUUGCAGCAAUGCCAACAGAUUCUUUGCAAUUUCCUAAACCGUACCUUUUUUUAAAUAUAUUAAUAUUGCUUGAAUACUUUCUCAUAGGUAAGUUUGCUCUAACUGCUACUUGAGUAAUGGCAAUGGGGGGGGGGGGCGAUGAUUAAGCCUGAUGAAUCCAGUUAGUUGCAUUGGCUGUUCUCCGUAGUUGAAUUGAUUUUGCGGCACAUUUUUUGCUUUUUUUGUAAUAAAUGUAUGAGAGCACUGUAUAAGAAAACAAUGCAUAUAGAACUAGGAUGCAGAGCCAUCACUGAGUGCUGCCCUAUGCCUUUCACUGCACGAGGUGUGAAAGAAGCAAUUUUGCUGAUACCUGAAAGCACUUUCUCUUACAUAUUCCCACGUUUAUCUCAUAUAUGGGCAUAUUUGCUAAAGGGUGAAAGUGAACAUUUGGAGCAGUUUCAUAAAAAUGAAGAUUCCCCUCAACAUGGCCAGUUUACUAAAAGGAGAAUACAACAAGUUUUGGAAAAUUAAUUUUGCAGUGUUGAAAAUUCUCUCUGCAUUGGUUUAAAUUCACUUCUCUUCUCCAGGCGAGAUUUCUCCAGUGAAUAUUCUCCAAUUUAUUAUUCUUAUUCGCAUGCAAACGAAUUUUCGGCAAGAAAUUUCACAGGAUUCUGGCUGCCGAACUACCAAUAUAAAGAUAGAGCAGCCUCUUUUGCAUCUCAUUAUCUCCAUCACCCCAUCCAUGGCAAUUUUACACAUAUUUCAUUUCUUCAUAGCAAAACAACACUACUAUUUUGUAUGGGGGAUAUAUACUGGUGAAUUUAUGCAAGGAGAAAUGUCCCCUCACUUCUCUUGAAAAGAUGUUCUUAUGACAAAUAUCAGAUGUGUUGGGAAAACACACCUAGCGAAUUGAGGUGAGAUGAAGUUAGCCGAGGAGAAAAUUCACUUUAGUAAAUGUGAUCCAAAGUCUGUAGGAUUGUUUCCAUGUGGGAGGGAAUGAACAAUUAAAUAGCUUUAUUAAUGCUCACAAGGCAUCCCAACUGGAUAUUGUUAACAGCAGCCUUUAGUAUCAACAUUUCUCCAACUGCAAGAGGGGCUCAUUUACAAACACUGGGAAUUUCACACAGCUAUAAUACCUUUUAACAACCCAUCAGCAAUUCCCUUUCAACUGUCUCCUGCAAGGUUCACUGUCAGCAAAACCUUGAUUGGUUGAUUUUGGUUACUGCAGUAGUACAAAAUUGCCCAUUAUUUGUAAAGGAGAACUUGACUGCCCAAUGGCCUGGGGAAAAAAUAACUCCACUCCCUGCAAAAAUGUCAAUUAUCCAGCACAGGUUCCAUGUCUACUGGGCCACUGUGUAUGUACACUACACAAAUGCAACCAGUCUGAUCGCCAGUUUCUGGGGAAAGGGGAACAAAGUAAUGAAGGGCAUGCAGCUUGUAGGCAUUUACUUGAAAACUUGGCGGUUCCUAUAUUUUAUCUGAGAUAUUUGUUUGUUUUGCUAAAGGAAUCAUGUGGUGCCAACAAGUAUCUUCUCAUAUUUGCUUAUUAAAGCAAAAGUGAUAUGGAAAUGAGGCAGCUACAUAUUGCUGAUUACAAACAAUUCAUACAUUUCAUAUGAACGUUUAAUAACAACAUUUUUAAAAACCCGAACAGAAUCGCCUGGAGCCUUUCUCACAAGUACUUGUACGAAAUGCCAUUUUUGACAGGCUUUCAGUAAACAAGGUAUUUGUUUCCAGUGACUGCUGUUUUGCACAUCAAAGUGUAUGCAAUGGCCUCUGCCUGCACAAUAUUCACCUUAUGUGAAAGUCUCCUUUGUUCUAUUCAGCAGUGAUAUAGAAGGACAAUAACACUCCUAGGAUAUCUCUCUGCUUGGCAACUUGAUAUGUAUUUAAACUGGACUGAUGUAAAUACUAUGUUAUGUUUGUUGUCAAUACUUUUUUCACUGUACUAAAUUAUAAAUUACAGAUUUAUGUCUUUCUUUUUUUUACUAUCUAUUAUUUAAAAUUGCCUACCGUUUGCUCAUGAGUCGGAACUUGGCCUCAAAUAUGCUAAGCUUUGUGAUAGUGCUUUUUCAUUUUUGUAUCUUUGUUUUCAUAAUAAAAGAUGGUGGGAUUGACUAGA